AUGGCCGCCUCCAGCGAGUUCGCGUCUGCCAUGACCACCCGGUCGCUCCGCAUGGUCCGAACAGAACUAGAAUUCCUCGCCGAUUCUCGUGUGAUCACACCCCACCAACUCUCCACCAUUCUAUCACAGCUACCCACCGAUUCCGAGGCCUCUCGAGCGGCGCACGCAUCAUCAUCGCCGCCCCGACAACAGGCCCAGCCUGUGCCUGUUCAACAUGUUCCAGUACAAGCACAGCCCCCUCCGGCCCCCUACACGCCCUCCUACUCGCCUCCUGUCUCACAAAUUAUGCAAGCCCGCCCCCCGGGGGCCCCGCCAGCUUAUCCCCAAGUCCCGCCAGUCAUGGGUCUCGCGGUGGCCAUGUACGAAUACCACGCUUCUGAUGCAGGCGACUUGAACAUGAAACCACAGGAUCGCAUCCAGAUUAUCGAGGAAAUGAACAAGGACUGGUGGCGUGGUCGCAAUGAGCGGACUGGCCAGGAGGGUAUCUUCCCUCAGAGCUACGUAAACGUCGUGAAUGAGAAGGCUGGCUUCGCUUCGCCCCCGCCUACUAACUAUGGAAACAUGCCUCUUGAUGUCAGCCAGAGUGGACAGUCCGAAAAUCCCGAAGACCCAAAGAAGAACAAGUUCGAGGAAGGAGGCAAGAAGUUCGGAAAGAAACUGGGCAAUGCCGCAAUCUUCGGUGCCGGUGCUACUGUUGGCUCCAACAUCGUGAACAGCAUCUUCUAA